AUGGAAAUUGUAGACAGACUGGCGGUCUUUCCAACGUCCAGUUCAUAUACGAGUGUGAAAUGUCGUCUGAUCUGCGCACGCAGGAGUCGCGAUUUGCUCGCAAAAAAGAUCGAUGGUCUCUUAAUCCUGUUUCGCACGAUUCUAUCGCGAUUAUUCGAAAAUAAAUUGCAAGUCGACGAAGCCAUGAGGAUCGCGGCUUUUUCGUUAGCCGAAGUGAAUUACGUGACAGGUGGGGUAAACCAAUUGGUCCUGGAGACGGUUGAUAAAGCUAGAACCAGGAUUCGAUGCAGAGAGGAGAUCAUCGGCGGAGUUCGAUUGAGGAUUUACGAGCCCUAUCGCAACGGUGAUGAUCCCUUUGAAUUUACUGGAUUAUCCAGAGGCGGUCAACAAGUUGCUAAAUUGAAGAAGAAUUAUGAAAAGGCGACCGAUCUGUUGAUCGAAUUAGCGUCGUUACGGCAUAAUUUCCAGAUGCUCGAUCGAGUAAUUAAGGAGACCAAUCGUCGCGUAAAUGCACUGCGAUACAUCAUUAUACCGCGAUUGGAACGGACCCUUGCGUACAUCAUCACCGAACUCGACGAAUACGAACGAGAAGAAUUCUAUCGCAUUAAAAAAAUACAAGAAUUGAAGAUAAAGCGACGUAACGGGAAAUUCUCUUACAAUCCGAUUCAAGAUGCGAAUAUAUUCGAUGACACGGACGAGGAUCUUCUUUUUUAG